AUGAAGUCUCCAUCCCCUGCCCAGCGCGUCCUGGAUAAGCCUCUACUUAAGGACAUCUGGGAGCCUCAUUAUUAUGUCAGUGAUGAUAUGUCAAUUCGCAGUCCUGACUUCGCCAGAUGCGACCUGGGGGGUCUGAAUCUCCCCCACCUGGCCCAUCGAGCGCCAUCGCCGCCGGCUCCAAGCAAGCGCACGCAUGCCGAGAAGCAGGUCCAGCCAAAAAAGAGAAGUCGCGUCGAAAGACGAACGAAAUCAGGCACCGGACCAUCGCGAACAGUCAACACUCGUGAAUCACGAGGUCGUGCGGCUCUUGAGCAAGUUGUAGACCGCCUUCGAGGCGCUGGCCACGCCUUCUUCACACCCAUCAUCUUGAAGACCCUGCCAUCUGACCGAAUCUAUCGUCUCGUGUGA